CUACUUCUUCCUCCUCCCACUUCUUCCUCCUUCCUUUCUGCUUCACAUUCUCUUUGCAUUUCUCUCUUUGCCCUUCGCGAAUACCUCCCUCUUUUCCUUUUUUUUUUUUUCCCUUUCUGUGAUCAUUUCGAGUUUUUGGGCUUCUGAUAAAAAAUGGAAUUCGAGGACUGCUACAGACAGGGUCAGAGGCCCAAAUAUGAAUGCCUUCUGUUUGAUCUGGAUGACACCUUGUAUCCUCUUAGUUCUGGUAUUGCUACAGCAUGCCUCCAGAAUAUAAAAGAUUAUAUGGUCGAAAAACUUGGCAUAGAUAAGAGCAAAAUCCCUGAUUUGUGCAACCUUCUGUACAAGAACUAUGGAACAACAAUGGCUGGUCUUAGGGCAAUUGGCUAUGAUUUUGACUAUGAUGAAUAUCACAGUUUCGUUCAUGGGAGAUUACCAUAUGAGAACUUAAAACCCGACCCUGUUCUGAGAAGUCGUUUGCUGAGCCUGCCUUACCGUAAAGUUAUUUUCACAAAUGCAGACGGAGUCCAUGCAGCCAAAGUACUCCACAGGCUUGGAUUAGAAGACUGUUUUGAGGGGAUCAUCUGCUUUGAGACUUUGAAUCCCAUUCACAAAAGUGCUGUUUCAGAUGAUGAAGACGACAUUGAGUUUGUGGGAUUAAACAAUACUUUUGAUGCUGCUAGUGCUGAUGUUCCUUCCACAAACACUAGCAGUAACUCUGAUAUAUUUGACAUCAUUGGGUAUUUUGCUCAGCCUAACCUUGGUUUGGCAUUACCAAAAUCACCCAUUGUCUGCAAACCAUCAGAAGACGCCAUAGAAAAAGCUCUCAAAAUAGCCAACAUAAAUGCUCAGAGAACUUUGUUCUUUGAGGACAGUGUUCGAAACAUCCAAGCCGGAAAACGUGUGGGUCUUCACACUGUGUUGGUUGGCAAUUCCCAGAGAGUUAAAGGUGCAGAUUAUGCUUUAGAAAGCAUCCACAACAUUAGGGAAGCAAUACCAGAGCUCUUGGAGGCUGAGAUGAAAUCAGAAGUUGCCUACUCUGGCAAGGUUGCAGUGGAGACUUCUGUGACAGCUUAGUUCAUAUUUUUAUCACCAAUAUGACAAAUUAAAGAGAUCAUGUAUUUGGGAUCCUAACCUUCCCAUGCCCCCCCAAUCUCAUGAUUCUGUAGAUGAUGUAGUAGGUGUUUCUUUCUGAUUAAUUAUUUUAUCCCCCACAAAUUGUCAUUAGUUUCUCUUGUCUCCCUGUGUUUCAUUGUACAUCUUUGUCACUGGAAUCAUAAUCAACAUGCAAUCACAGAUCAAAAGGUUGGGGUGUCGUGCUA